AUGCCGCGUGCCGAAGGACCGCUACAACAUCGACACGUGGUUCGGCCCGGGCCGUGUCAAAAGCACGCUCACUUCCUCCAGGAGCUGAAUCUGGCCAACAUUGACCCCAAUUGCUGGUCCUUUACCAAGCAGGAGGUUGAGUUGCUGGAUCCGCAGCAGCGGCUAUUCCUUGAAGUUGAUUAUGAGGCGCUCGAAUUAACUCGGGGACGACGGAAUGGCUUGGUAAGGAUAUUGGUGUUUAUGUUGGCGCGCUGA